AAAAGCAAGCGGAAGCCAUCAAGGUAGAGGAGAGGAAGCAAGGAAGAAGAAGAAGGGCCGAAGGACUCAGGCGAAGCAGCCAUUAGGAAAGUGCUGAUGCAGAGGUUCACUUGUGACUACGGGCAGAGUUGGAGUAGUUGCUGUUCACGGACAAAGGCGGUAGGAGGGAGUGGAGCUUUGUAGAAGCCGGAGCCUGCCUCACUGGGUGUCUGUGUUUCAUUCCCUGUCAAAAGGCUGGGAGCUGGGGGGGAUAAAAAAACAGGGAAGCGGCGAGCUGCAGCGCUCGCUCGGGAUCAGAUAGCGAGAAAACCAAUAGCAGCGAGAAAGGCAGGGGGAAAACGGAACAGAAAACCAACCCACAUCAACCAACCAACCAACCAACCCACCCACCCUCUCCACGCUGAGGCUGGAACAGGCAGGUCCCUGCCAACUCCACAGCACGCAGCAAGCAGGGAAGAAGUCCACCCUCCCCGGGCAGGAGCGGAGUUGAGCCCGAAGGAUAUUUGAUGACACUUUGGCGACGAUGGGUCCCCCAGCAUCUUCCAGAGCCCAUUUGAGGGUGAAGGCUCUGAAAGCGCAGAGGGAGUUUGAAGCUAAAUUCACCUGAGUCUGGAUCUUUUGGUCUCUGGGAUUUACCUUUUUUUUAUUAUUAUAAUUAUUUUUCUCCAGGGGGUGGCAGGGGGAACCCAAACCAAGCAAAAUCCCUUUGCUUUCUUUUUUUAAAAGCUCCCUCUUUUUUUUUUCUUCCCCCCUCCCCCCCUUUUUUCCCCCCUUUUUUUAAGAAGAUACAUUUUUUUCCCCCCCCUCUGUGUUUGGAAUGGAGGGGUUGGGUCUGUGCCUAAGAAGAAGCAACCGAACGUCGGUCCUGGGAGAAAACCGAGUGGAUCUGGGGUCCCCUGCCAGCUAACUCUUCAGGACCCGCAGCCCCACAGCCGGGGUGGGGGGGGCUGGAUGCAGUGAGAGAGCCUCUCACAGGACCUGCGUGGUGACGUGGCAGCCAAGACGUGGAAGCUUGGGACUUCUCUUCCACUGCAACAGAAUUUGGGGGGUGGGCAGGGGUGGGUCAGUGGGACACUGGCACUUGCAAGACCCUUCAUCUUCACUGUGGGCUUGGCUCAGGGAUGACUACGGGCAGAGUCAACCCUUACAGCAUCGUGUCUUCUGAAGAAGACGGGCUGAGGUUGACCACCAUGCCAGGUAUCAACGGCUUUGGCAAUGGGAAAAUCCACACCAGGAGGAAAUGCAGGAACAGGUUUGUAAAGAAGAACGGUCAGUGCAACGUGGAGUUCACCAACAUGGAUGACAAGCCUCAGAGGUACAUUGCAGACAUGUUCACCACGUGCGUGGACAUCCGCUGGAGGUAUAUGCUCUUGCUCUUUUCCCUGGCAUUUCUGGUGUCCUGGUUGCUGUUUGGGCUGAUUUUCUGGCUGAUUGCACUCAUUCACGGAGACCUAGAAAACCCUGGUGGAGAUGAUACCUUCAAGCCUUGUGUUCUGCAGGUCAACGGCUUUGUGGCUGCUUUCCUGUUCUCCAUCGAGACCCAAACCACUAUUGGUUACGGCUUCCGCUGCGUGACGGAGGAGUGCCCGCUCGCGGUCUUCAUGGUGGUGGUGCAGUCCAUCGUGGGCUGUAUAAUUGACUCUUUCAUGAUAGGUGCAAUAAUGGCAAAGAUGGCCAGGCCCAAAAAAAGGGCCCAGACAUUACUUUUCAGCCAUAAUGCGGUAGUGGCAAUGAGAGAUGGAAAACUCUGCCUGAUGUGGAGGGUUGGAAACCUCCGGAAAAGCCACAUAGUAGAAGCCCACGUACGAGCUCAGCUCAUUAAGCCCAGGAUCACGGAAGAGGGGGAGUACAUACCGCUCGACCAAAUAGACAUCGACGUGGGCUUUGACAAAGGCUUGGACCGUAUCUUCCUGGUGUCCCCCAUCACCAUUCUCCACGAGAUCAAUGAAGACAGCCCCUUGUUUGGGAUCAGCCGCCAGGAUUUGGAGACAGACGACUUUGAGAUCGUGGUCAUCUUGGAAGGCAUGGUAGAAGCCACCGCUAUGACGACGCAAGCUCGGAGCUCCUACCUGGCCAGCGAGAUCCUUUGGGGCCACCGCUUCGAACCUGUCUUGUUCGAGGAGAAAAACCAGUACAAAGUAGACUAUUCCCACUUCCACAAAACUUACGAGGUUCCAUCCACCCCUCGUUGCAGCGCCAAGGACUUGGUGGAGAACAAAUUCCUCCUGCCCAGCACCAACUCCUUCUGCUACGAGAACGAGCUGGCCUUCAUGAGCCGCGAUGAGGAAGAGGAAGACGACGACAGUCGGGGUUUGGAGGACCUGAGCCCGGACAACAGGCACGAGUUCGACAGGCUUCAAGCCACGAUAGCGUUGGAUCAGCGGUCGUACAGAAGGGAGUCAGAAAUAUGACUCUUGGUCCUUCCACUGACUUUUCCGAGGGUAUUUUCCCCCCCCCCCUCUAAUCUCUUCCCCUACAACCCGCUCAAAUUAUGCAGAACAAUGCAAGUGCCAUAGGAAUGCUUGAGAAAUUAGAUUCGUUCAUAGUUUUCCGUUUCAUUGCAAUAACCACUGAGCGGUCUGCAGGAGGGGAUGGCGGCAGAGGCCACCGCGUGUCUCCCGCGCCCGUCGCCCGCAGCGGGGCCGGCGGCCCGGGGAGGGGUACGGGCGGAUGGUUGGGUGGAAGGAUGGACAGAUGGAGAGAGGAGGGUCGGUGGGGUGCGGGCAGGCGCUCGCCCCGCGUGGCUGCACGGGGCACUGCUGUCCCCGUGGAGCGUAUGUCAGUGUUUUCUGAGCACUGAGCAGCCAAACAAAGAGGAAUUGUCAGGAAACAAAUCGUUCUCUCUUUCUUUUCUUUUCAAAUCCUCUUAUUUUUUAACUGAGCAACGACAGCAACGAGAAAUAAAACUGCUCCUUCUGUCAGUCUGGUCCAGUUGCACAAGAACAACACUUGAAAAAGGAAAAACCAAAUCAAACACAACACAAAAAGAUGCAACUCAGCUUGGUUGUGCUUCUUUAUAAUUUGGGGAGAAGGAAAAAACAAACAACAAAAGAAAAAGGUUGGGGGUGGGGAGGGGAAAAGGGAAGGAGAGAGGAUGUUGAGGUUUCUUCACCAUACUGUGGGGUAGUGUUUACCAAAAUAAUAAUAAUGAUAAUAAUAACAACAACAAUAAUAUUAUUAUUGUUAAUAAUAAUAAUAAUAUUAAAUCUGAAAGAAGUGAUUCAGUAUUUGGUUAAAAAUGAACAAGGGAAUGAAUAAGCCACUGGAGUCCUUUGAGGGGAUGUUGUUGAGUAGGUGCAAGGUCUAGAAGUCAAGAUUGCAGCCCAUUCUGGGGUGGGGGGUGGCUGAGGGUUCCCCCCCUACUGGCAUGGAUUUGCAGGCAGAAGGCUGAUGUAAGUGGCUGGAGGUUUGUAGCAGCGAAAGCAAGAAGAGUAAUUAAUGGUUAAGUAGCUAGUAAGGAGGAGGUUGUGAGGAAGAGGAAGCAUUGUCAAUGCAUUAGUCAGUCAAUUUCUAGACAGAUUGCUUUUCAGGGUGGAACUGGGGUCUUGGGAGCAUCAGCUGCAGAAGUGCUGGGUCUCCCCAUACAUCUCCGGUAAGGAAUUCGUAAGUUUCACUACAAGUGGGACAAAAUAGAGAAAAGCACAAAAAGGAGAGUGUAAAGCUCUCACAUCUGGGUAUUUUUUCCCACUUUUCCCAACCAAUCUGGUAUUUUUUUUCCCCUUCAAAACUGAUUUCAAAUCUGGAAGUCAACGGGAAAGUUGUCUUGUUGGGUUGCACUUCUUCUAGUGCGGUCUGGGGUGGAUGAAUUCCCUGGUCACCGGAGAGCCCUGCUUCAGAGACAGAUGCUUUCCCAAACACGACAGAUGCCAGCUGAGGAAACCACCCCAUCUUGUGCUUCAACCCAUCCCUGUGUCCUAGCCUCAAGGUGGAUUGUGCCUUAGAGAUGCAAACUCAUCCCAUGCUCCAGCCCUUCUCCACAGCAUCCCAUUUGCAUCCCACCCUGGGGUGACUUCUCCUUUGCUCUGCCCCCGGGGCAGUGCCCACAUCCCACUGGCAGCCAUGUGUUAGGCUGACCUUGGUGGCAUAUUGGUUUGGCUUUGACUAUGGCACAAGGCAAACCGUCCUGUGCAUGGGAAGCCUUUACUGUUGUCCUGCUCUCUGCCUUUGCACAGAGGGAAUGAGCCAGGGAAAUGCAGGUUGUGGGUCCCUUCAUCAGGUUGUGCUGCUCUUCGGUGCUCUGGGAGCCAAAAUCUGUCUCCCUGCUCUCUGUGGCUGUGGAAAAGGCUUUGGCACCUACAGUCAUCCCACAUUCAAACCUGGGCACAAAGUCCCAGCAGCACCUGGUCUCAGAGAGAAGGUUUGAGAGUGGGGCCACUUGCAGUGUUUCAGCUGUGACAGGCUCCCAGUGCUUUUCUCCUUGCUGCUCACACCAGGGAGGUUGUGUCCCAGGAUUACAGCUUGCCAUGACACAUCCAAACAUCAGCGGCAGAGGAAGGAUUUUUCUUGUGUCCUCAUCUCCUCUCAGAGGGCUCUGGGGAGCAGCUGUCCCAGUGCCCCCCUCACUGUCCUGUACCCUUGAGAGUCAAUGCCCCACUGGCCAGCCACUUGAUGAGGACCAAGACUUCACCCUUGUGGACUUUCUUCCCACCUUGUUCCCACCAGCAUCCAUCACCACCCCCCCAUGCUGCCCACCAAGGGGUUGUUCUAUUUUUGAAUUCCCCUAAACCCCACCCACUGGGAGAAAACAUCCCUGGGAACAACACCAGGAGGGAGCCAACUGAUGGUAUGGCACCUCAUGAGCUGGCCCCAAGGGCAGGGGCACGCAGGGACAUGCCACUGACCUCCAGCCACAACAUUCACGUUUCUAAGGCAGCAAACACAAAUGUCAUCCCAUCACUGGUCACUUUGCUCCCGGGGCUUGGUUUUGCCACCUUUUUACCCCAUAGCACCUGAGGGGGGAGGGGA